GUUCAACUUUUAAAACAUACGAUUGUUUUUAUCACUCCCCGAUCACCUACCACACACAGUAUUUUUCUACUUGCACACAUGUGUAUUCUAAGUUAGGACUUUAGAAAAGCAGUUGGGAUUUCCAAAUUCUUAGUUAUCACCUUAGAAAUCACCAAAUAUGUGAGGCAAUUAUAUUAGCCAAAAAGUAGGCACUGCAAGAUUUCUUGACUUAAAACAUCUUUUGAAGUCUACUUCUGUAUCGCUCCUGCUUACUAUACCUGCUGACUACACUUCAAGCCACAAGCACAUUUUAAAAUGCAAUCUUGGUGGAAAGUGAAACUGGUGUAUGAAUGUUGAUUGUGUGUGUGUGUGUGUGUGUGUGUGUGUGUGUGUGUGUGUGUGUGAAUGGCCACCCUUCUCAAGGUCUAUACCAAUGGAAAUAUUGCAUCUAAAGCAACAGUUCGAAAUCAGUCUCCCCCCAAAAGAAAAACAGAAAAAUAUAAUCUUAAACAAACUCGUAAAAGAGUGAAGAAUCCAUUUCAGUAGACUAACCAUGAUCAUUUUAGGCUGUACAUACAUCCGAAAUGGUGAGAACUCAUGAAUGAUAAACAAAUUCCAAAUAAGUUAACCAAUUCCACAAAAAUUAUUUAUAGUAAAGUAUAGGUAUUAUCAGUAUUCCUUGUACUAUAAGUCUAAUUCCUAAUUUAUCACCAGUCAAACAUGGAAGAUAUGAUAAAUAUUUUGUGAUUGUGGAGAAGAUUGUUUCUCAAGUAAUGCAGUAUUCCAUCCUACAUUGCAUAUACAUGGGAGUAGAAAUCAACUUCAUACUUUCUGUAGCCUCUUGAAGCACAAUAAUUUGAAAAGACAACUACAUCGUCAGUACUUUGGCAUUUUGGUAUGCGGGUAAGGAAAAUUUUCUCGUGCUUAGUAUGUGUGGGGUCCUGGUUUGAUUUCCAGCACUUCAAAAACUAAUUAAUGGAGUAUAGAGUUGGACCAAAUGUCACUGUGUUCAGUAACUUUGUGUAAUGGGCUUACCCUGAGAUCAAUUUUCCCAAUUCCAAAGACAUUGCAUUAUAACAGUGUAGCCCACGGGUAAAGAAACGAUGUGGUCUAUUUGUGUUGGACAUGGAGAAUCAUUUCCCCGGAAACUUUUCAGAAUGAAUUGAUGUAGUAUAAAGAAUAGAAUAGAAACUAUACAAUAUGGAAAUGAGAAAAAAGCCAUUUAGCAGGUUGCCUUGUAUCUGUGCUACGUCACUGAGCCAGUCUUCUCAAAUGAGUAUCUCCUAAAGAAGCAAUAAAGAUUCUCUUUGGGGGGUUGGGGAUUUAGCUCAGUGGUAGAGCGCUUGCCUAGUAAGCACAAGGCCCUGGGUUCGGUCCUCAGCUCCGAAGGAAAAAAAAAUAUUCUCUUUGUUUUUCUAAUCGCAAUGCUAACAUUACCAGGAAGAAAGGGUGUCUGAGGAAUGGGACAAUCUGCCCAAACACAAACAAAUCAUUUGCAACGGAACUGAUGAUUCCAAACACUGUGAAACAACAUUGAUUACCUAGUAAUGUAGACAAAUUAUUGCAAUAAAUAAAAGAGGAGUAACAGUAGUUUCAACAUACCAUAACCAACAAAGAAAUGAUUUGUGAAAUUCAUAAUCUAGUAGACACCAAGGCAAGACUAAUGUCACGUUAGUUGUUAAAUUCUCAUUCAAAAGGGUAACUAACACUUUGCUUUAAGAAAAAGUGCAGGGCACGUACAGUAACUAAAGAAUGGACCAUUAUAAUGUAGUUUUAUAUAAAAAAAAUCAAAGCGACGCUUCAAGCAUCUUGACAGAAUAAAAAAGGCAUAUAAAAGAGGUAUUGAAAUUUUGUUGCAAGAUAUGUGAAUAUUAAAAUAAGACUUUGUAGUUAUGCACAAUUAUAUUAUUGAGGGUGUGGAGAGGAAGGUACCAAACAGCAGAGGCUGCAGUUUCUUAGUGCGAACUCUGGGCGCCGCUGUUGGCCUGACUGAAGAGGCUGAAGCUCCACAUCUUGCGCAGCCGCAGAGCUCUUUCCAAGGCUUCCUUUCUCAGCCUUCUUUGCACCGCUUCUUUCCGAGCAAAAGAAGAAUCCUUUCAUGGACUAGAACUGGUACCAUAGUCCGUUUGGAGCCCGGAAUAUCCGCACCACGGAACUUCUUCAUAACCCGGCGUCUCCAGGCUGGUGAGCAAGCAAAGGGGAGCAAGAAAGAUGCGGGAGGGCGCUGCUGAGAGACGCCGGGGACACAGGCGGCCAAUGCUCCUUCCCUUCCUGCUGCCUUUGUUCUGCCCCGCGCUCUCUGAGCAGAUCCGUUACAAGAUCCCCGAGGAAAUGCCCAUCGGCUCGGUAGUGGGAAACCUCGCCAAGGACCUGGGCUUCGGUGUCCAGGAGUUACCGACGCGAAAGCUACGUAUCAGUUCUGAGAAGCCUUACUUCACUGUGAGCUCAGAGAGCGGGGAGUUGCUAGUGAGCAGCAGGCUGGACAGGGAGCAGAUUUGCGGGAAGAAGCCGGUGUGUUCUCUGGAGUUUGAGGCUGUUGCUGAAAAUCCUUUGAACUUUUAUCACAUGAGCGUGGAGCUGGAGGACAUUAAUGACCACACACCAAAAUUCGCGCACACAUCUUUUGAAUUGCAAAUAAGUGAGUCUGCUCAACCGGGUACUCGGUUCAUUUUAGAAGUAGCAGAAGAUGCAGAUGUUGCCUUAAAUUCCCUACAGAAUUAUAAGCUCUCUCUUAGCCCUAGUUUCUCGCUGGUGAAUAAAGAAAAACAAGACGGUCGUAAAUACCCGGAAUUAGUAUUGGAGAAAAUUUUAGACCGCGAGCAACAGAGUUACUACCGAUUAGUCCUGACAGCCUUAGACGGCGGGGAUCCUCCCCUAAGUGGCACCACCGAGCUUCGGAUCCAAGUCACUGAUGCCAACGAUAAUCCCCCUGUGUUCGACCAGGAAGUAUACAGAGUCCGCCUUCCGGAGAACGUGCCCCCAGGCACAACCGUAGCACGCGUGACAGCUACAGACAAGGAUGAGGGCGUGAAUUCGGAGAUUACUUAUUCCUUCCACAGAGCUGAGCAAGUGUUUGGCCUAAAUUCAAAGAGUGGAGAAAUUACAACACAGAGAACACUGGAUUUCGAAGAAACCAAAGAAUAUUCUAUAGUAGUGGAAGCGCGGGAUGGCGGAGGCCUGGUUGCCCAAUGUACAGUUGAAAUUAACAUUCAAGAUGAAAAUGACAACAAGCCAGAAAUUACAGUCCAUUCUCUGUUAGAAACGAUUCCAGAAAACGCACCUCCGGGAACACUAAUAUCUUUGAUCAAAAUACAUGACAGAGAUUCUGGGGAAAACGGGGAGGUUAAUUGUCGACUAGACAGUGAGGCGCCCUUUAAAAUUAUCUCUUCUUCCAAAAACUCAUAUAAGUUGAUGACAGAUAGAGCCUUAGACCGAGAACUGACUCCAGAAUACAAUGUCACCAUUAUGGCCACUGACGGGGGCAAGCCACCCCUUUCCUCCAGCACAAAAGUCACCCUACACGUUGGUGACGUCAAUGACAACGCUCCGCUCUUCCACCAGGCCUCCUACUUGGUGUACAUAGCCGAGAACAACCCUCCUGGAGCCUCCAUCGCUCAUGUCAGUGCCUCCGACCCAGAUUUGGGAUCCAAUGGUCAUGUCUCCUACUCCAUCAUAGCCAGUGACCUGGAGCCUAAAUCGCUGUGGUCCUAUGUGACCGUGAACGCGCAGAGCGGAGUGGUGUUCGCACAGCGCGCCUUCGACCACGAGCAGCUCCGCUCCUUCCAGCUGACACUGCAGGCGCGCGACCAGGGAUCGCCCGCGCUCAGCGCCAACGUGAGCAUGCGCGUGCUGGUGGGCGACCGCAAUGACAACGCGCCACGCGUGCUGUAUCCCGCUCUCGAGCCCGACGGCUCUGCGCUCUUCGAUAUGGUUCCGCGCGCCGCCGAGCCUGGAUACCUGGUCACCAAGGUGGUGGCGGUGGACGCCGACUCCGGACACAAUGCCUGGCUGUCUUACCAUGUGCUGCAGGCCAGCGACCCCGGGCUCUUUAGCCUGGGGCUGCGCACAGGCGAAGUGCGCACAGAGCGUGCCUUGGGCGAAAAGGACGCUGCGCGGCAGCGCCUGUUGGUUGGUGUUCGCGAUGGUGGGCAGCCGCCCCUCUCAGCCACCGCCACACUGCUUCUAGUAUUCGCUGACAGCUUGCAGGAGGCCCUGCCAGACCUCAGUGACCGCUCACUGCCCCCUGAUCCGCAAGCCGAGCUGCAGUUCUACUUGGUGGUGGCCUUGGCCUUGAUUUCUGUGCUUUUCCUCCUGGCUGUGAUUCUAGCCAUUGCACUUCGACUGCGACACUCCUCCAGCCCCUCUGUGUGGAGCUGCUUUCAGCCUGGAUUUUGUUCUGAAUCUAAACCGGUGGUUUUCCCCAAUUAUAGUGAGGGUACUUUGCCGUAUUCCUAUAAUCUGUAUGGUGCACAUGCUGGAAAGACCGAGUGUAAUUUCCUAAAAUGUAGUGAGCCAUUGAGUUCAGGACAAGGCCUUCUUUGCCCUGAGUCUUCCGGGGCCUUGUUUCCACUUUGUGAUUCCAGUGAGCCGACUUCCCACCCGGAGCCUCUAACGCCGGUGAGUUCCGUUUGA